AUGUGGACAAAGCAGGAUUGGUUGGCUGUGGUUCUUCAGACUCAGGUUAUAGAAAUUUUGGAGUCUCAGGCAGCAGAUGAGGAUCAGCCGAAAGUGCUGAGCCCGCCGGCCAUCUCGGCUGCUUCAGUGCAGGCGCACUUUAUGGAUAUCGAGAAGAGGCUGGAUUACCUGGCCAAUGCGGCGGAGCUAGACGAUGCAGACGAGUAUGUGUUGCCACGGCUGCAUGACUUGUUAACAGAGGUUGACAUGCCCAUUGGACCGACGACGGUAUCCCCGGUCAAAGAAGUGGACCCACAGGCGCAUUUGGAGUUCGACCAAUCCCAGUUACGUAAGCUGCACAAGGCGUGCGGGCUGCCGAAGCGAGACUUAGACACCAUGAUCAAAGACAUCCAGUCUGUGGCUUACAAUGCGGCUGCCCCCACUUUCAUGGUCUUUGACGAUAUUCAUUUCCGUCAUGGAGUUGAAUGA